AUGGAUUAUGACUUGAUUAUUAUUGGAGCCGGACCGGCCGGACUAACCGCGGCCAUUUACGCCAAAAGAGCUCUCUUAAAGUGCCUAAUUUUGGAAAAAUCUUUAUCGGGAGGAAAGUUAAACAAAACCGAAGAUGUCGAUAAUUAUCCCGGUUUUACUUCCAUCAAAGGUCCUGAAUUAGCCGAAAAAAUGACCGAGCAUACUAAAAGUUAUGAGAUUGAUAAAACAAUUAUUAUUGCUUCGGGGGCAAUUGAAAAUACCUUAAAAAUUAGCGGGGAAAACGAAUUUACUAACUUAGGGGUUUCCUAUUGUGCGAUUUGCGAUGGUUUUCUUUUUCGAGGCAAAGAGGUAGUGGUAGUAGGGGGGGGUUAUUCCGCUUUGGAAACUGUUUUGUAUAUGAGUAAUGUCGCUAGCAAAGUUUACCUUAUUCAUCGGCGUGCCGAUUUUCGAGCCGAAAAAGAAAUAGUAGCCAAAGCCAAAAGUAAUCCCAAAAUAAUUUUUCUUUUAAACUCUGUUCUAACUGAAAUUCAGGGAGGCAAAGCAGUAGAAAAGGUUUUUAUCCGCAAUUUAUCAGACAACCAAAAAAGUGAAUUGCUGGUUAGUGCGGUCUUUCCCUGUAUUGGACUUUUGCCAUUUAGCAGUUUCGCCCAUGAAUUAGGUGUUUGCGACCAAGAAAAUUAUAUUACUAUCAAAGAGGAUUGUUCUACUUCCAUUCCUGGUCUGUUUGCGGCGGGGGAUGUAGCCCGGGUCAAUGAAAAAAAAAUUAAGCAAAUCGUUACAGCAGUAGCCGAGGGAGCCAUUGCCGCCCAAUCAGUUAUUAAAUAUUUGAAAGAAUAA